CGAUUCUCGACCCGCCGAUCCCGUGCGGCACGCGCCUGCGCUGCCCGCACCCGUGCACACGGCCGCCGCCGGCGUGUGAGCACCCGCGCUCACCGUACGCGUGCCACGCGGAGGACGCGCGCGGGUGCCCGCCGUGCCCGUUCUUAACGACGAAGCUGUGCGCGUGCAGGAAGCGCACGGUGGACAACGUGCGGUGCGCGCAGGCGCACGAGCGCGUCGGUGUCGGCAGCAGCGGGUGCGGGCGUCUGUUGGGCUGCGGGUUCCAUGUGUGCGAGCGGCUGUGCCAUGGCGGCGAGUGUGUGCGCAGGUGUGCGCGCAGGUGUGCGGCGAGCCGCGCAAGCUGUGCGCGCCCGCGCACCACCUCUACACGCAGCCGUGUCACGCGCCGUUGGCGUGCCAGGAGACCGAGCCGUGCCGCGCGAUCGUGACCGUCGCGUGCUCCUGCGGGCUGCCCGAACAGCCACAAGCUGAUCUCUCUUGCCUCCUUCGUCGAUAAGAUCCGUGCCAUGGAGGGCAUGCUCUCCGAGCACGAAGCCAUCAAUCGCGAAGUCAGCACCCUCCACGAGCUGAUGGAGGAGGAAAAACGCGAAUUAGACAGCCCUUCGACAUCUUCCGUGUCCGAGGAGCGCCUCAAUGCCCUCGCCUCUCAGCUUGAACAGCUCGAAUCUGCGCUCAAGCUCUCGCGCACGCUCCAAGCCCAGCAGGCUGCCGCACAGAGUAUCAUCUCCAUGCUCGAGUCCAAGAUCUCCUCGCUCGAGCCACUCGUCCAGGCGUCGCAGACUAAUAUACAGUCGCAUACCACCGAGGAUGUCGAGGGCCAGUGGAGCGGCGUCCGUGAGGAAUGGGCUGAGGAGCGGGUGCGGAUCAGUAGGGCGCGUGAGGAUUGGGAGGUGCGCGUGCGGGCUGCCGAGGAGGGGUUUGACGGCGCCGUCACGAAGGUGGAUGCCGGGCUCGCGACGCUGCAGCAACACCAACUCAAGGUGAAUGGGAACGCGCGCCACGGUGUCAGGCUCGUCACACCCCCCAGUCCACGCAACAUCUCGUCUGACCCGGGCAAGCGCCAUCGGCGGAAACGAUCGACAAUCUCCCGAGGCCGAUCGCGUUCGCACUCGGCCGAGUCGAACAAGGACGACGGUGGGUACGCGAGCUCAUUCGAGGGCGUGACACUGCUCGAUGACAAGCGCCAGUCAGCUUCCAAAGCACGCACGCGCGUGCCCUGGGCGCAGGAUGAUUCGGAUUCGGACGUGCGUCGUGCAAGUGACGAUGCGAGGAUCAUGUCCUUGAAGCACUAUGCCAUCACCUCAGAGUCGUCGGUCCAGAAGGCAUCGACAGGGUCCACGACGACGAUGACGACGGAAGAUGACGCUGCACAUGCCUCGUCUGCCGCCGCCGCCAAUCUGAAGGGCGCACACCUGGCGCCAAUGGUUCAACAUUUAGCACAGAUGUCGACGACGGUGGGCGUGCUCAUGCUCAGCGUCGCCGCCUUGGCGGUGCUAUGGCGUAUCAAAGGAUAAUAGUUGCCGGGCAAAUCUCACGGUCCUUUUAUUAUGGUUCAAUCCCUGCGGAAGCAUAGAAUCCCAAAAGCAUGGAAUAAAAGUCCGACGAGGCUGGCGCGUCGUACACGCUACCUGCUCGACGCUCGAGGCCGCCACCUCCACGCUUGACGAUGCUGCCGGCUGCCGACUGCAACGCCGUCUCAUCCUAAACACUGCCCCGCUCAGCCGCCUCCUCAUGGCUGCCUCCACGACGCUGAAC